GCAACACAAAGCAUGUUGUUUUUGUUCAUCGAUAGUCGUCCAGUAAACACGUGCAUUGAAAUUUAUCAUUUUUUUUAUAAAAACUUGGUUGAAAUUUAACAUAUUUGCUAAAACACCUGUGCAAACAUGAAGGUAAAAUCAUCGAAAAAGGUAAAACCCGAAAAUUCGAAGCUGCACGAAUUGAAACAAUCCAAGAAUGAUAUCGUUAAAAUGAAGCAAAAGAAAACUGACGGCCUAGCAGCGGCUUCCGUUACGCCUCACACAUUUGCCGAAAAAAAGGUGCAGGCGGUCAAAAAGAAAAAUAAAACCAAAUCAGCAGAAUCUGCGAAGGCGAAACUUCAGCUGGUGUCCAAGGCAGAGGUUGUUGCUCAGAAGAAACACGACGUAAAGCCAGACAAAUCUGUUAAAUUGAAGAAAGGAGUUGCAAACAAGGUGAAUGCUACCCAGAAGAAUAAGGCUGCCAACAAUACUGAACCAGAACAUAUGCUGGAGCUCCAAAAAGAAAAUGAAGUCAACGAAACAUUGGUUAGCCAAAAGGUCAUUAAAUCGGCGCUAAAGGCAUGCAAAAAAGCAUUGGAUGGUGGAUUCGAUCAAAAGAAGAAUCUUUUCGGAGAGGACUUGAAGUACGGAUUGCAGAUCGCUUCGCUUAAAAUCCCUGAUGUGCCAAGCCGAAACUGUAGAGUGCAACUUCCCAAUGCGAUUUACCAGAAGGGCGAUGACAUCUGUUUGAUUGUGAAGGAUAUGGAACGAGGGCGGAAGCACGAUCACGAAGACACACAAAACUUCUGGACCGACAAGUUGCGGCAGCUUGGAGUCGACUAUAUCACACAGGUCAUUCCGUUCCGCCAGCUUAAGCAGGAUUACCGCGAGUAUGAAAUGAAGCUGAAAUUGGUUCAUAGAUUCGAUCGAUUUUUGGUGGAUGCUCGGAUAAACGGACACGUGUUUAAUUUCCUCGGAAAUAAUUUUAUCAGGCGCUGCAAGAAUCCUACUCCGGUCAUAUUGGAAAAGGAUGAGAAGAUUGUCAAAAGCCUCAACAAGGCGUUGGGAAGGGUCACAUACAAACAAACUAACACGGGAAGGAUAACGGAAAUUCAGUUUGCCACACAUAAAAUGCCUCUAGAUAAGGCCGUGGAGAAUGCAGAAUCUCUCCUGCAAGCCAUGAAGACUCAAUAUCCCGGAGGAUGGCAAAACAUGCGAACCAUUUAUCUGAAACCAAUGACAGACAUCCAACUGACGUUUCCGUUGUACGUGAACAAAGCGGAUCCCAAUUCAGUGCCUGUUCCGAAAAUUACCGGACCACGUGAACGCUUCGAAAAGGGUAUGAACGAGAAGCUGUUGGCGGCCACCAAUAGUAAGUACAAGUUCCAGGAGGGCAACUUGGUGCGUGUGGCAUUUGAAAAACGAAACACCAAAAAAGCCAAAAAGGUAGAAGAAGGUAGCGAGCGGAAGGCGGAAAAGGGAAAGAAAGAGGUCGAGGACGAGCAAGAAGAUAGCGAUGAGGAGGAAAUGGAAUUGGAACGAGCCAGCGAUACUGAGCAGAGUGAUCUUGGAGAUAGCGAUGAUGAUAAGUGAAUUACCUGUAAAUGAGGUAUGUAACCUGUCUAUAUACCUUUAUAUGUUUUUUUUUUUGAAAAUACAAUCUUAAGGCUAAUAAAAA